UCUCUCUCUUGGAAGCUUCAGUCAGCGUUCCAAGACGGUGAAGGUAGGAGGGUGGUGCGCAAACUCCCUCCGUGCCUCUCCCUCCCUCACUACCUCGCCCCUCGCCCCUCGAUCCUCACCCCUCCGUCACGCGUCCCUCCCUCGCCGCCUCGCCAUCACCUGUUGAGCGCAAGUAAACAAAACAGAACUUGUACACGUGGAUCUGUGACGAGAAGUACGGACGUUUCAACACUAAUAUUAAUAACUUGUGUGUAUUUUUUUCAUGUGAAAGUGAUUAAUAUUCCAAUACUUUAUAUAUUAACUGCGAUAUAUUUUUAUGUGGAUCUGUGAAGUGUGAGUAUUCCAGUGCUAUAGAAUGGCAGUUUUUCCUGCAUAUAUAUACGAGAGAUGAAAAAUUGUUGGUAUUAGAACGGUGUAGUGCGCCUAACUCCCAGUAUGCUUCGAUAAAGGAUGCAAGAAAGAAAACAAGAGUGUAAAGUACGAGAAUGUACGAAGGUGAUUAUACUGAAGAAGAAAAAAAAUUAUAAAGAAUUUCUGUUACCUUAAAAAUAUGGAAUAAAUCUCGUGUACCUCGAUAAGCGAUACAAGAAUACAUCACUGCAGUUACGAAUAUAAUAGUGUGUUUACUGUACACGGAACACGAGAGAACACAAAGGAGGGACAAGUAACUGCUGAUGUGUUGGCCCUUAUGAAGUUGUUCGUGUUGAGCUACGUAAUGGUGACUGAAAAGGGAAAUUUAGUAUAUGUGAAGUAAAAUAAAUAAAGAAAAGGAAAGUAAAGAAAAUUGUUAUAUGAUUAGUGUAUAACAGUUAUAUUUCUUUUUCCUUGAUUACUUUACAACGAAAAGAAGGAAAGAAAAUUAAAAUGAAACACACACAAACACAAAAUAAUUACACUCAAGUAGAACGUAAAAUCUAACAACCACCACAGAAAAAAAAAAUCAUAAAAAGUUAAUGUGAUGUGAAGUGGGAAAAGAACUGAAGAAUAAGUAAAUAAAUAAACACACGCACGCACACACCAGGUUGUUAAAUUCCUGACGACAAUCUAAACGGAUGUAAAAUAAAAAAAAAAAAAAUGACAGAACGAGAGUGAAGACUGUAAUGAGAAUAGUGAAACGAAAAGGAAACAGAUAGAUCUAAACGAAUGUAAAUCUAAGAAAAAAAUAAACAGACAAGAGAAAACAUUGUGAUGAGAAUGGUGGAAGAACAAAACGAUGAAUAGAUCUAAAUAAAUGUAAAACUAGCAAAAAAAAAAAAAAAUAGAGAACGAAAAUGAUGAAAGAAAAAAAAUAAACAGAUCUAAAUAAACGCAAAACUAACAAAAAACUAAAAACAUCACGACAUAAAACACUGCGAUGAUAAUGCUAAAAAGAAAGAGAUUAACAGAUAAAAGUAAGAUUAGAUAAAAAAAAAAAAAACACCACUUUGUCAAAUUCCACACGGUACUAAAUGGGUGUUUAUGUUAAUGAAUGUGCGUGUGUGCGUGUCCAUGUGUACAUCUAAGUGCGUGUACGUCUGUGUGUGUACGUGUGUGUAUCUGGGCCUUGAGGCAGACAUGGUAACAGUUGUGCCGCGUUGCUCCAGUCUCACGUAGAAGUAUUCGAAGGUCGCAGGGAAAGAAAAAAGCAGAAAACAGAUCGCAAUGCAGCAACACAACCAAGUCUUCGUGAUCCAGGUGUCGAGUGGGGCCGCUGCCAGCAAGCCGCCCCUCGCCCUUCCCCCAGCCGGCCCGGACCCAGCAGUCCUACCCUCCGAGGUCAAAUACUCCGCCUCGCUGGUCAGAGGACUCGGCCUGGCUCACCUCUUCCUGGGCUCUGUAAUAUUCCUACUUGGCGUGCUGGGCACGUGGAUAGAGCCGGAGACAUGCUGGGCAGGGGCGGGCGUGUGGACGGGGCUGUCGGCGCUGCUGUGUGGCCUCUCAGGUGUGGUGGCGCAUUGCUUCUGGUACAAGAACUUCAGCAUCAAGGCCUUCCUGGUGACGUCCGUGGUGUGCGUGGUGCUGAGCGUGCUGGCCAUCGUGCUGAGCAUCUACGCCAUUGUGAACAGACACAAGCACUUCCAGACCCUGCUUGACCAGAUGGACGAGCAUUCGUGGUUCCAGCCGUAUGAUCUGAACCAGGAGCAUCGUCUCACCCUUAACAUCAGCGCUAACUUGCUGGUGGGCUUCUUCCUGGAGCUGGGUCUGGCGCUGUGGUCCUCGCGCGUGGGCUGGCGCGGCGUGCAGUCCCCAGAGUUCAGCGCCUCCAACACCAAGCGAGACGUAGACGCAGUGGACCAGCGCAGCGUGACGCCCCUCCCGUCCCGCCCCGGCCAGCAGGUGCCCCUCGCCGCGCUCUAUCAGCUGCUGCAGGCUCACCCAGAAAUGUUGGGGAACAAAAGUGUGGAAGCUGGCCUGGUGCCCCCCUGGAUGUCCAGUAGCCUUGGGGACCAUCCAACUCACCACUCUAUGGACUACCAGGAGCGAGUGAACAGAUUCCUCUCCCACGCCAUUGAGGACCAAAAUCCUUGUCUGAGUAGACCACUGUCAGCUCUCCUUAGUGAAACCAGAGACAGCGCCUCAACUUCAACCUCAAGCGGUGGGAGAUGCAGCCCAGCAGACACCCUCCCUAUGCCCCCUCCUGAUCAGCCACCUGGAGGAGGACAGAGGAAGGAGACCAUGGAAAGAGAGAUGCAGGAAAGAUAUGCUUCCAGUGAAAGAAAGAUAAAACAAACACAUGUUGACAAACUGCCUAAUGGACACUCUAGUAAUGAGAGGAAGGUAAAGGAGACUCAUGUUGACACACUGUCAAAUGCAGACACCAGCAGUGAGAGGAAGAUGAAGCAAACUUAUGUUGACAGACUUCCAAAUGGACCUCCCAGCAGUAAGAGGAAGGUAAAAGAGACACAUGCUGACACACUUUCAGCUGGAGACACUGGCAGUAUGAGGAAGAUAAAGGAAACACAUGUAGACAAACUGCCCAAUGGACACACAAGUAGCUACAAGAAGGAGAAAGUAACACAUGUUGACACACUGUCAAACAGAGAGAGUAGCAGUGAGAGGAAGGUAAAAGUAACACAUGUUGAUACGCUGUCAAAUGGAGACACUGGAAGCAUGAAAAAGUUGAAAGAGACACAUGUUGACACAUUGUCAAUUGGAGACACUGGCAGCACUAAGAAAGUGAAAGAAAUGCACGUUGACACAUUCAGGAGCAGGAGAGGUUCAGAACACAAGCCCAAGGCACCUGUCCCAGUAGUAAAGAGGAGUGAAAGUUUAAGAUCAAAUGAGAUAUCAAAUAAAGGUUCAGUUAAAGAUGAGCCUACAAAUAAUGUUGAAGUUACUGUUGAGAAAAGUCGUAAGGAGAAAAAGAGCGAAGUGGAAAGUGAAACCUCUCCUGUUGCUACAGAAGCAGUUGGUGAAAAAAGUUGCAAGGAGGAAAAGAAGGGAAUACAGAGUGAAACCUCUCCCACAGCCAUUAAGGAAGUUGCUACUGAAAAAAGUCACAAGGGGGAAAAGAGUGAAGUGCAAAAUGAUAUUUCUCCCAUGGUUGUUAAAGUGGAAAACACUAGCAAGGAAGAUAUGACAAAACCGGUUACUGAGGCAACUGAUCGUAAUGUUCCUAGUAAGAAACCAGACAAAGCUGAAAAACCCAAGAAGAAAAAGACUAAGAAAGUUUCUGAGUCCAGUAGUCAAGAAACAAAACCAAAAUCAAACACUGAGGAAGUGAACUGCCACACUGCAGAAAACACAGACACACACAAAAAAGAGAAAGAGGAAAGAAAGGUAAGAAAAGAAAAAAAGGAAAAGAGAAAAAAAGAAAAAAGUAAUGAUGAGAAACUAAAAAAUGAAGGCAAGUCUGAUGACUUCUUAUCUCUAACCUCUAGCAUACAGCCUCCUAGUGGGUUUGAAGAUACCUAGAGCUGUAUACGAGUUGUGAAGAGCCAGUUUAACACUAAAAUCUACAUCCUCCUCCAUUGCAUACUACCCUGUUAUUCCAAAUCCAGUGCUCAUUUUUAACAAAACUCAUUGCCUGGUCAGCUGAAGAGUCAGUGGAAUGGCCCACAACAAUGUGCAUAUAUGUAUAGAAGAUAUAGGGUCUGAGGUUUGGCCCUCCCUUCACAACCCUUGAUACGGGUCUUAGCAUCUCUUCUGCUCACACUAUCCCUCCACAAUGUAUAUAUUCUCACACUAUCCUUCAGUAAUGUAAAUAUUGUUUUUCUAUAUAUACCUACAUGUUCUACAAAAUUUCAGACUGUGUAAUGCCAUGAUUUCUUAACAUAAGACUGAAAUUGCAUGCUAUUAGCAACUAUAUAAAACUGGUCCCACUUCCAUGGGUCACUUGUCAAAAAUUAUAUAAAAACCUACCUUAGAAUAAAUAAGAUGUUCUACAAAAUGUAGUUAUGACACAGGAUGAGUUUUGAAAAAAAACAUAUCCACAUAGAAACCAUAGCUUGUGAUAUCAUCCACAUUAUUAUGUACCCCAUAAUGUACUAGUUUUCAAAUAUUCAGUAGACACUACAGUAUUUCUUGCUUUUCAUAUAUGUGCUAUUAUUACCCUUGUAACCAUGCUGGUUAUGAGGGAGGAUUCAGAAAUCAAAGAUGAAGGACAAAGAGUAUAGGAUGACAUAGUCACUGAUGUGUUCUUCCUUCAUCACAUUUACUACUCCUCAUAUAUAAAAGCAUUUAACUUUAUCAAGAUUUUAUGUAUCUUUAAAGUAAGAUGUAUAUUCUCUCUGUGCAUGUUACAGCUAUAUUACUUUCCCUAUUUAUCUGGGAUUUUUAUGCAUUGUAAAUGUGUGUAUAUACCAUGUUCGUGUAAGUUUAUCACAAAAGAAAAACGACAGUAUUGGAAACAUAUGUAUGAAUAUUGUUAGUUUACAGUUACAGUAUACUAUUGGAUCAAAGUGUAACAUCAUAUACAGUUGGUGGAACUCCUGAUUUGUUUUUGAGUAUUAAAUGACAGGACAGGCCAUAACAAUUUUGGCUCAGUACUGUAAAAAUACAAUUGGGUAAGAAUAUAUGUACCAACACACUUUCUAUGUGUCAGUUUCCAUCACACAAAGCCUCAAUCAGUUAUUGUCUUUUAAUGUCCAGUAUUUUUCUGGCAGAUGCCUGUGUCCAGACAGACUGGUUGGACAUUGAUGUAAGCCAGGAAUUAGGCAUCUGUAUAAUCGUUAUAAAAUCUUGAGUUUAAAUA